AUGAAUUUCGUCAUCUACGCGACAACAUCAGGCAAGGAAAAUGAAAGAUCCUACGGCAUUUUUUGUUUUGACAAGGACAUUGAUGUUUGUCUAGCGGACGAAUACUCGUAUGCCUGGGUUUUAGAUUCGAAAUACGAAGAUAUAAGAAAGCGUACACUGGAGCAACAAUACGAGGAGGGGAAAAAGACGGUGUUUAGUCACGUGACGAAACACGGUGAAAUGGCGAUGGGAAGUCUCCCAGUUGGAAAAUUUCAAGGUCAUUAUGAUCUACUGACGCACCGGAGCGAUGGGGCGAUAGCAGUAUGU